CCAGACUGGCACCCGGCCGGUGGCUGAGCCCGAGACCCCUGCUGUUCACAAUAACAGUGGAGGCUGGCUCAGCUGGGUCUUUGGGAGUGGAAGAGCUAACAAGAAGGAGGUUCAUCUACCUGAGGACAAAGACAGAUCUAUUGUCUGGGAUCCAACUCUGCACAGAUGGGUUAACAAAACUGAGCCCAAGGCUGAAGUACACACUUAAAUUAAAUUCAAUUAAAAACAGUGAACAACCAUUGUAUUUCAACUGUGCUAAUAUUACCAACAAUUUGGAAAAUGUGUUGAUGUGUUUUACAGAACAAGUGUGUACCACCACCUCCACCGAUGGGGACACAUGGAUAUCAGGGGAACACUGGCAGUGUCCCCAAAGGAGUGAAUCCCUACUCUAUGAAAGCAGCAGGUCUAUGGGGCAGCAGAUACCCCACAAUGCAUUGCAAUGAUGGGACCAACUCAAAGCCUCCAAGACAUGGGGCUGGACUGCUUCCUAGACAGCUCUCUGGCUUGCUCCCUCCUUCACACUUUGACCUCAUGGCACCAAUGGUUGUGCCACCUGACACUCUACACUACUGAGGCCCAAGACAUAAAGUCGCCUGAAAGCUGUGUAGCAAUAAUUCCAGCUUCUGACCAAGAAUCAUGGAUACCUUUCAUACCUUCUCAUCACAAGUUGGAACUAGUGGUCAACAUUGGGACAAUGCCGCCCAAAAUAACAGGGACCAACAUUUUCAUGGAGUGAGCAAGACCUGUCAGCAGAGCUCACUGGAGCAGGGAGACAUCCCAUCACCCUUUUGGCACCUGACAAAGCUUGAGAUUCAGAUCCUGCUGAACGAUGUUAAGCAAUCGAUUAACCACAUGCAGGGGACGCUGAACACCAUGCAGGGGCAGUGUAUUGAGUUGCAGACUGCCAUAUCUAAGAUCACCACAGCAGCCGAAUUUGCUGUGCAGAGGGAGGAGAUCCUCCGAGCAUCAGGCCUCAUCCCGUCACAGAGGGAGGAAAUGCUCCGAGCAUCAGGCCUCAUCCUGUCACAGAGGGAGGGUAUCCUCCAAACAGCCAGUGUCCCUUCACAGAGGAAGGGGAUUCUCCCAGCAGCUAACAUCACUGUGCAGAGGGAGGAGAUCUUCCGAGCAUCAGGCCUCAUCCCUGAAGAGAGGGAGGACAUCCGCCUCACAGCCAGUGUCCCUGCACAGAGGGAGGGGAUUCUUCCAGCAGCUACUGCAGCUACUGUCACUGUGCGAAAGGAGAAGAUCCUCCGAGCAUCAGGCCUCAUUUCUGCACAAAAGGAGUUGAUCCACCUGAUGGCCAGUGUCACUGCGCAGAGGAAGGGAAUCGUCCCAAUGGUCAGCGUCCCUGCGCACAAGGAGGGGAUCGUCCAAAAGGCUAGUGUCCCUGCUGAGAGGUUGGAGAUCCUCCGAGCAUCAGGCCUCAUCCCGCCACAGAGGGAGGGGAAUGUCCGAACAGCCAGUGUCCCAGCACAGAGGGGUGGGAUUCUCUCAGCAGCCAGCAUCACUGAACAGAGGGAGGGAAUUCUUCCAGCAGCUUCUAUCACUGUGCCGAAGAAGAAGAUCCUCAGAGCAUCAGGCCUCAUACCUGCACAAAAGGAGUUGAUCCACCUGAUGGCCAGUGUCACUGCGCAGAGGAAGGGAAUCGUUCCAAUGGUCAGCGUCCCUGCGCACAGGGAGGGGAUCGUCCCAAAGGCCAGUGUCCCUGCUGAGAGGGAGGAGAUCCUCCGAGCAUCAGGCCUCAUCCCGCCACAGAGGGAGGGGAAUGUCCGAACAGCCAGUGUCCCAGCACAGAGGGAUGGGAUUCUCUCAGCAGCCAGCAUCACUGAACAGAGGGAGGAGAUCCUCCGAGCAUCAGGCCUCAUCCCAUCACAGAGGGAGGGUAUCCUCCAAACAGCCAGUGUCCCUGCACAGAGGGAGGAGAUCCUCCGAGCAUCAGGCCUCAUCCCAUCACAGAGGGAGGGUAUUAUCCAAACAGCCAGUGUCCCUGCACAGAGGGAGGGGAUCUUCCGAGCAUCAGGCCUCAUCCCGCCACCAAGGGAGGGUAUCCUCCAAACAGCCAGUGUCCCUGCACAGAGGGAGGGGAUCUUCCGAGCAUCAGGCCUCAUCCCUGAAGAGAGGGAGGAGAUCCUCCUCACAGCCAGUGUCCCUGUGAAGAAUGAAAACAUUCAUCCACAACCACCUUCCAUCAUCCCCAUGUUGGCACCACUGUGGAAAUGGGAUGGUGGAGCGUGUACUCCACCUGUGGAUUUCUAUUCCAAGAGAAGAGAUGUCCGACUUAGAUAUGUUGAGCAUCCUGCUAUGAUGUCCAUCACCAAGCCGGAACACUCCGAUGCCAACCCUCAGUUCCAGACUGGCACCCGGCCGGUGGCUGAGCCCGAGACCCCUGCUGUUCACAAUAACAGUGGAGGCUGGCUCAGCUGGGUCUUUGGGAGUGGAAGAGCUAACAAGAAGGAGGUUCAUCUACCUGAGGACAAAGACAGAUCUAUUGUCUGGGAUCCAACUCUGCACAGAUGGGUUAACAAAACUGAGCCCAAGGCUGAAAACAAGUGUGUACCACCACCUCCACCGAUGGGGACACAUGGAUAUCAGGGGAACACUGGCAGUGUCCCCAAAGGAGUGAAUCCCUACUCUAUGAAAGCAGCAGGUCUAUGGGGCAGCAGAUACCCCACAAUGCAUUGCAAUGAUGGGACCAACUCAAAGCCUCCAAGACAUGGGGCUGGACUGCUUCCUAGACAGCUCUCUGGCUUGCUCCCUCCUUCACACUUUGACCUCAUGGCACCAAUGGUUGUGCCACCUGACACUCUACACUACUGAGGCCAUUUUCCCAAAUUGGAUUUGCCAUACAUUGAUUUUUU